AUGCAGUCCUCCCGCUUCCAAUCCAUCACCUCCCGCUUUUCCCCGAGCACACUGCGCACCACCUUCCGCCGCUCAUCAUCCGCUUCUUCCCGUGCCAGCAGCGACCGGGGCUCUUACACCACCACCGCUUCGUCUCCUGUAAGCACUAUCAACAGCAUCGUCUUUAGCCAGCCCUCGAUGCUUGACCUCGAAGAAGAGCGCAAGAGCUUUGGAAGUGAGCUCAGUAUACUCGAGCCGCGUCCUGUCGUCUACUUCGGCAGUGUUGAGGAGCGCAUCGGAUCACUACACAAGCGGCGUAUCUUGGAGUUGCGGUUUGAAUUCGGAGCCGGUCGAUUGGAGCCGGGAAUGUUGGUUAACGGCCUGACAGGCGCAUUGAGAGAGAACGCAGCAAGAGCCCUUGGCCCUAACAGUUCAACCGAAAACGUCACGAAGCGUCAAACUGCAGCAGGCUUCGAUUGUUUCCCUGAGUUAACUCCCUAA